AUGAUCGACACGUGCCGCGCGGAGGAGAAAGUGUUCAAAGUUGCCAGCUACAAAAUGCCGACGCUACAGCCGCGGAUCGGGUUCAGCAUCGAUUCGAUCGUCGGCAACACGACACCGAAGUCGCCGCCACCGCACACGCUGACCAAGGCGGAGCAGGUGGCGCAGGGCACCGGUGGCCACCACCAGCAGCAGCAGCAGCACCACCACCAGCUGCCGAGCCGUUCGCCGAGUCCGCCGCAGAGCUACUCGGUGCGGCUGAACCGGCUCCAGAGCCUGUCGCCCCCGCACAACUACAGCAUCACCCGGCUCCCCGAGAGCCCGCAGAGCCUGAGCGAGGGGAGCCACGUGAGUGCCCGCUCGCUGGACGCCCUCCAGUCGCGCCUCUCGCCGGAACUGACCCGCGGCGCCCAUACCGGACCGGCCGCCCCACAAGCCCUGUCCCUAAAGCGACCCCGCAGUCCGUCACCACCGGCCUCACCACCUACGCCCACGAUCACGUCUGGCCACCUGGGCGGACCGCCACCGCCGCCCACCGGACUGGGACCGCAGGGACCGACGGGUCCGAUCGUGGUGCCGGGACUACCGCCGGGACUGGUGCGUCCCUUCCCCGUCAGCCCCUCGCAACCGCACUCGCACCCCGGCUCACACCCGCACUCGCCGGUCGGCGGUGGCGGUGGCGGCGGACCACAGCAAGGACCGCCCGGGCAGCCGCAGCCGGGCGACCUCAAGGGUUUGCCACCGUUCCUGCACACCCCCGAAAUGGUGCAGGCGGCCCACAACCAGCACUUCCUGGCCGCCCAGUUCCAGGCGGCUGCCCUCGCCCACGCCCAGGCCGGUCAACCGUUCCCGCCGCAUCCGGCUGCCGCCCAUCUGCAUAAUCCUGCGAUGCCGCCGCGCGACAGCUACCCGCUCUACCCGUGGCUGCUGAGCCGCCACGGCCGUGGCGUCUUCCCGAUCGGAUUCCCGGGCAACUACCUCAUCCCGUUCCGCAAGUCGAAGCGCGUCCGGACCGCGUUCUCGCCCUCGCAACUGCUCAAGCUGGAGCACGCUUUCGAGAGCAACCACUACGUCGUGGGCGCGGAACGCAAGCAGCUCGCCCAGAACCUGAACCUCUCCGAGACGCAGGUGAAAGUGUGGUUCCAGAACCGGCGCACCAAGCACAAGCGGAUGCAGCAGGAGGAGGGCGGUUCCGGAUCCGGCAAGUCGACCGACGGGGACCACCAGAACCGGUCCGCUUCGAGCCCGACCGGCAGCUGCGAGGAGGACGACGAAGAGGACGAGUUCAUCGACAUGGAGGACUGCCCGAGCGACGAAGAGAACAUGCACCACAAUGCGUGCUGAGUGCCAAACUGCGCCCCUUGCAGAUAUCCCGAAGGACCUCCCCGAACGGUUGCAAUUGUACCAGUGAUUUGAAUACGCGUAUUUAAUCAGGAACCCCGGGUGGGCGAUUAGGAGAAGGACAUUCGCUCAAUCGGAAACCGAAAAUAAGCGAAUAGAACGAUCCCGCGGGUUUUGUACAGUCGAUUGUGUAGAUACACAGUGAAACCACUACCACUACUAGAGGGUCGGACUAGGGCGUUACGACUAGGAUUUAGGGUGUAAAGUAAGUUGAGGGCACACCGAAG